UCAAAGCCACCGUGUAACUCAUUGCCUGACUGGGUAAAUAAAAUAACCUUUCUUUCCAGGAAAUCGCAUCUGUUUCUUUCAUCAAGUUUGUUUAACUGCAAAUUGUUUCUUCAAGAUUUUACUCCUUAAAUCCCAAGAGAACUGGAAAGAAUAGUUAAACAAAGUCAGUCAUGAGAGAGAGACAAACCGCUGUAUCCAGGGUGACUCACCCACCCACAAUCGUCGUCACCUUCCAGUUAUUCUUCUUCUUCCAGCUCCUUUCCACCACCGCCUCCUACAAUCCUGAUGAUCAUUUCUCAGUCAACUGCGGUUAUUCCGGCAAUUCGUCUACUCUAGACGACCGGAACUGGACCGGAGACACAGAUUUCGGACCGUUCUCCCCGAUCGAACUCUCCAACAGCAAUAAGUCAUCAGUAGGCGACAACGCACCUGGCAAACCAAUCCCUUACAGCACCGCACGCUUGUCUCGCUCUGAAUUCUCCUACUCGUUUCCUGUGAAGACCGGCGGCCAAAAGUUUAUUCGCCUCUACUUUUACCCAUCUUCCUACGACCCCCACUUCCUUCACUCCGAUGCUUUCUUCUCCGUCAAAGCAGGGCCUCACACCCUCCUUAAGGACUUCAACGCUUCACUUAACGCCGGCGCCGCCGCCGGCGCUUAUCUUAAACAUGCUGCCAGAGAACAAGGAGCCAUCUUACGGGAGUACUGUGUCAACGUUGACUCAGGUCAGAGGCUGCACAUAACCUUCACGCCCAACGAAUCUUAUCCAAACGCCUACGCUUUCGUCAACGGGAUUGAGAUCAUCUCUAUGCCCCCCUUUCUUUACUACACCAGACCUGAUGACCCGCGAUCUAUGUGGCUAAGUGAUGAAAACAAACAGUUUCCGGUCCAGAACAGCAAUGCUCUGGAGACUCUGUACAGAGCUAAUGUUGGCGGAAGUCGGAUCGGUUCCAAUAAAGACACAGGCAUGUUUCGUUAUUGGGACGUGGAUAAUGACUACUUGGAGAGGGAGCGAUCGCGCAGUAUUUCAGCAGGUUUUGGUUUGCAUCUGGUGUAUAGAGAUGAUCAAAAUUAUUUUGCACCUGAUGACGUAUACAGGACAGCCAGAAACUAUGGGAUGAACGAAACGUCCAAAUUUAAUGUGACUUGGGAAUUUGAGGUUGACUCAGAGUUUUUUUAUAUGGUGAGAUUGCAUUUUUGCGAGUUUGAUGAACACAUUGAAAAAGCUGGAGACAGAGUUUUCCGAAUCUUCAUAAAUGAUGCUUUGGUGGAGUCUGUCGCUGAUGUAAUGUCGUGGACUAACCAUCAGAGAAAUGUUCCUGUGCAUAGGGACUAUGCGGCGUCGAUGCAGGGCAAGGGGAGCUUGAAGAAGCUGAAUCUCUCAAUUAAGUUGCAACCAACCCCUACUGCGAGAAGCACUUACAGAGAUGUUUUAUUGAAUGGUAUUGAAAUUUUGAAAAUAAGUGACUACAAUGAUAAUCUCGCGGGUCCUAAUCCUAAUCCACCUCCAUCUCCCCCACUAACAUUCUCAAAGUCAUCAAAGAACGGAAACAAAGCAAAGGUAAUUUCCAUUAUGGCUGGGGCAACAUCAGGCUUCAUCGCGCUGUCUCUUAUUGUUCUGCUCAUUUUCCUGCGAUUCAUUAGAGCUCCGGUCAAGGAAGGAUCUUCAUGGUGGGGAAAAAAAUCGGUAGACUCGUCCAACAAAAACAAACCCCGCGGGUCAUCAUCAUUACCGUCCGAUUUGUGUCGCUACUUUUCUAUAGAUGAGAUAAGAGCAGCCACAAGUAACUUCGACGAUGUUUUCAUUGUGGGGGUUGGAGGGUUUGGUAAUGUCUAUAAAGGCUAUAUUGAUGACGGAACAGUCCCUGUGGCCAUCAAACGGCUCAAACCAGGUUCCCAACAAGGCCUCCGUGAGUUCCAAACUGAGAUCGAAAUGCUCUCUCAGCUUCGUCACAAUCAUUUAGUUCCUCUCAUUGGUUACUGCAACGAUGGCAACGAGAUGAUCCUCGUUUACGAGUUCAUGGCUCGUGGGGCCCUCCGUGACCAUAUUUAUGAUUCUGACAACCCUCCACUUUCCUGGAAACAAAGGCUGGCGAUGUGCAUUGGUGCGGCGCGUGGACUUCAUUAUCUUCAUACUGGUGCGAACCGCAAUAUAAUCCACCGUGAUGUGAAAUCCACAAAUAUCUUAAUAGAUGAGAAAUGGGUGGCCAAGAUUUCGGAUUUUGGACUAUCCAAGAUAGGACCCACGGGGUUGUCCAAGUCUCACAUAAGCACGGUGGUAAAAGGAAGUAUGGGCUACUUGGACCCAGAAUACUAUAAACGUCAAAGGUUGACUGAAAAGUCUGACAUUUACUCUUUUGGAGUUGUAUUGCUGGAAGUAUUGUGUGGGAGACCUCCUUUGAUACGUAACGUGGAGAAGCAGAAGCUAAGUUUAGUGGAGUGGGUUCGAAAAUGUCAUCACGAGGGUGUGAUCCAUCAAGCGGUUGACCCGUUCCUGGUAGAAAGUAUCACACCAGAGUGCUUAAAAGCGUUUAGCGACAUGGCCCUGAAAUGUUUGGUGGAAGAUGGAAAUGAACGACCUUCGAUGAACGACGUCGUGUGGGGCCUAGAAUUUGCGUUACAGCUUCAAGAAGGGACAGAGGAAGUGGGGCUUCUGGUUGAUGAGGGCGAAAUUGAAGGAAAGAGCGAGGAAAGGGCUCUGAUAAGGAAAACGACAAAUGUGGAAGAAAGAGAAAGCAAAGUGGGUUUCACGAGCAGUGAUGAAUCAAAAGGAAGCAGGUUGACUAGUUCAAGCAGUGAAGAUCAAUCUUUAGUUUCUGGAUUGAUCUUCUCCGAGUUGGGUCAUCCAUCGGUUCGAUGAAGAAGUAAUCCGGUGGUAUUUGCUAGGUGAUGAAUUUUAAUUUCGUCCUUUUCCAAAUAGUAACGACGUCGUUGUACUGCAGUGUGUCUUUUACGGCAACUCUGUACUUUUAUUUUCUAUCUGUAUAAAUAUAAAAUAUGCAAGCAGAAAAUUAAAUAAUUACUUCUAAAAGUACGCAUGAUUACCAGAUGAGAUCACACUUCUCAGAUGCAAUACAAGUCUUUCAGAGUAUGAUUUUUAUAUAUCUCUCCCAAUUUAAUAAUAUAUGACUAC